CGCGGUGUGGCGUCUGGCCGGGGGCUGACGGAGCUGGUGUGGCUGGUGGGGUCUUCGCCGCCGCCCUUUCCUCUUCCGCGUCCUCUUCUCCCGGUCCCGGGAGCCCCCGCCCGGGGCGCAUCACUCUUUUAGUGGAAUGGUUUUUCUGUCUGUGAACUGGGGACUGUGGGAGCUGCUUUGGUGAAGACCAGAAGCCACCGAGGCAGAGACAGCGGUCUCCAGAAUCUCUGCAGCGUUUCUGUGUUGACACGGAUGGGACGCUCACCCCUCCCCUGCAGACUUGCAGCGCUGUCUCAGUCUGCUGGGUUGACCACCCAGCAUAACAGUAAUAAUCCCUAAGGAGGUGCCACUGCAGAGUUGGGUGCCUGAGCAGAGACGUGACUGGUGGCAGCAUGACGAGCGAGGUGAUAGAAGACGAGAAACAGUUCUAUUCAAAGGCCAAGACGUACUGGAAAGAAGUCCCGCCCACAGUGGAUGGCAUGCUCGGGGGGUAUGGCCACAUCUCCAGCAUCGACAUCAACAGCUCCCGGAAGUUUCUGCAGAGGUUUCUGAGGGAAGGCCCAAACAAGACGGGCACCUCCUGCGCCCUGGACUGCGGAGCCGGCAUUGGAAGGAUCACCAAGCGGCUGCUCUUGCCGCUCUUUGGAGUGGUGGACAUGGUGGACGUGACGGAGGACUUUCUGAUUAAAGCUAAGAGCUACCUGGGGGAGGAGGGCAAGAGGGUGAGGAACUACUUCUGCUGUGGUCUCCAGGACUUCAGCCCAGAGCCCAGCUCCUACGACGUGAUCUGGAUCCAGUGGGUCAUAGGCCACCUGACUGACCAGCACCUGGCCGAGUUCCUGCGGCGCUGCAAGCAUGGCCUGCGCCCCAACGGCAUCAUUGUCAUCAAGGACAACAUGGCCCAGGAGGGCGUGAUCCUGGACGACGUGGACAGCAGUGUGUGCCGGGACCUCGAGGUGGUCCACAGGAUCAUCCGCAGCGCGGGCCUCAGCCUCCUGGCCCAGGAGCGGCAGGAGAACCUCCCUGACGAGAUCUACCACGUGUACAGCCUAGCCCUGAGAUGAGCGGGGCUGGCAGGAGAAACCAAGUGACCAGCGCGGGGUGGGGGGAGCUGGCAGCCGGGUGAGAUUCAGAGGCUCCACGUCGAUGGUUUGGGAGUGUUGAGUGAGGCCACUAAAUAUACCUGUCUGCUGUCCACUCACUACACAGACUCUUCUUACAAAGGCAUCGUGGGACCUGGCAUGGAGGGGUGUGGCUGAAUGGGGGGGCAGUGAGGCAGGAGCCUGGCUCUGCAGCCCUGAAGGGCGGGGACUGGGCAGCGCAGGCCCGUGUGACUCCAGGGGCUCCCUGUUCCCUGCCUGGGAGUAGGUGAUCCCAUCACCUACGGAGAGAGAGGUCUUCCCUGGGGCUCCAUUAACA